AUGGCCCCUAAGGCGGAAAACAAGCAAGGCAAGACCAACCCCAGCAACAAGGCUGGUGCUGCCGCCAAGGCAGUUCUGAAGGGUGCAGGUGCGCACAAGGCUCGCAAGGUCCGCACCUCGACCACUUUCCACCGCCCCAAGACCCUUCAGCUCUCCCGGUCGCCCAAGUACCCCCGCAAGUCGGUCCCUCAUGGCCCCCGCCUCGACUCGCACAAGGUCAUCCUCUACCCCCUUAACACCGAGAGCGCCAUGAAGAAGAUUGAGGAAAACAACACCCUCGUCUUCAUCGUCGACGUCAAGGCCAACAAGCGCCAGAUCAAGCAGGCCCUCAAGAAGCUCUACGACGUCGAGACCGUCAAGGUUAACUCCCUCGUCAGACCCGAUGGCUCGAAGAAGGUCUACGCGCGGUUAACCCCUGAUGUCGACGCUCUGGACAUUGCUGCUACCAAGCUUGCUAUUGUCUAGAGUGAUGGUUGCGUUUGGUUCUGGGUGAUUUCCUUUUCGUUAUGCGCGGUGGUUCAAUAAAAUUUCAGUCAAGAUUUAGUUGCCAAGGCUGCAAUGACGGCUGAAUGACCAUUUAAAAGAACAGAAUAUUUC